GGCGCCUUGACAACCCUUUGCUGGAUUUCUCCCCCGUCCGCAAUCAUCAUCGCCCACCUUUGCUUCUGUGCACGCAAGGUUUUCGCAAUGUCGACCUAGGCUGCCGCACGUGUCCGGGCGCCACUACCGUUUCUGGAACAUACCAUCUGGUAGGAUAUCUGCAAAUACCCGACUGUACAACACCUACGACAUCCACCAUUCUGCGGCACACGUGGUUUGAGGAGUUAUUCCACAGCUCCAAAAUGACCCCCUCCAUCAACAGCUGCGUGCUGCUACUGGACCUACCUCAAAAGGCACUCGCUGGGAUUGACCUGCUCUCGUUCACAACAUCACCUAGGUUCAAAGGAGUCAAAAACUUACCGCCUGGCCUACAUUUCAUAUUCGCCGCCAGUGACAGUGCGCUGUCCAUAAGGCCUGGAGCAUGGUUUUACGUAUCGCCCGGGACAGGCCCCCCGCAAGUCUUCGUCAAGAAAUGGGAUGAACAGACCGAGGAUCUGGUCGCCGAGACGUCGCAGACGGAAGUGCUGAGGUGGAAGGCGAACCUCGGGAGCAUAUGGAAAGACGGACUAACACCGUAUCGACAGACCGUGCGAGAGGGGGAUUCGGGCGCGGAAGGCGAUUGGGAGGAGGAGUCGCAGGAUUGGGAUGAGCUGACGUCGAGAAUCACACAGACGCUACUAUCUCGGAUAUGUGGUCUCAAUCCCGAUCACUGGAGCUUGACAUCUGCUUCAUCUGGCUUGUUGGACUUGGAGUCAAUACCAGGGCUAGACUCAAGCAACUCCACACAACAUCCAGAGAAAGAGCUGAGGUUCCUGCCCGUUGAUCUGAGGCGGACGUGGAGAGUAGGAGCAACGGGGCGAGAACGGACCGAAGCAGCACAGGAUAGAUCCUGGUUCUUGGGAGAUCUGAUCGAGAACCACAGCCAAGCGGGCGACAAGCGUGGUCGAGAGUUCGAAGUGCUUGGCGAACUGCAGUUUGCUUUCCUCAUGGUCCUUACGCUCAACAACAACUCUUGCUUGGAGCAGUGGAAGAGGAUCUUGACAUUGCUGCUUACCUGCCGACAAGCGAUCAAGGAGCGCUCCCAGCUGUUCCUCGAACUGCUGCGGACUUUGCGCGUUCAGUUGAGUCAUUGCGUGGACAUGGAUGGGUUCUUCGACAUGAACGAGGUUGGUGGGGGCUUCCUGCGGCCGCUGUUUACAAAAUUCCGGAGAAACCUGGACGAGUUUGACGGAAAGUGGAAGUCAGAUAUGGUGGACGGUUUGGAUGAGCUGGAGGACUAUCUGCAGAAACAAUUUGGCUGGGAGCGCGGUGAUUCGUUCGUCAAGCGCGGAAUGCUGGAUCUCGAGGACGGCGAGCGUGUUGAGAUGGACGUGAACGAUGCAGACGAGGACGACGAGUCUGGCGACUACGCUCCAACAAUCGUCGAAUUGACACCGACGCAACUUCAGGAGUUGAACGGAAGUGAUUUCAGCUACAAAAAGGGUGUUGCCGAAGACUCGGAGGAGGAGGCUGAACUUGACGACAUGGAUGAGCGGUAUUGACAGCGGGAUCAGACUUGCAUACGAGAGCACCACUACCAGUCGGUCGCACUUCAUUCCGCAUCAAUCAACACACAAGUGCUGAUCCUGCACGAAGCGAACCUUAUCUUCAGAGCUUGUCACACUUCAC